CGAAUUUGGCGGCCUCUUCCCGUGAUUAUGAGGCUCUUGGGGUGAGGAGUCCUGCCUUGGAGGAAGAUCAUCCCAAGCCUGGUAGGAGGUUUGAAGCGGGUACUCACCUCUUUGAAAUUUCUCGAGGGCAGUGUCAAACGGGCCAAGACCAGACCCUGAAGUAAGAGAACGCCAUCUUGUCCGUGGCUGGUCUGGCCCAGGACUACAUUUCCCAGAGUUCACGGCGGCCCAGCGUUACGUCUCUCUUGACGUCGUGGCGAGAUCGUUAAUUCCGCAGAGACCCGGACGCGACCAAGGGGAGGCAGAAGGACUCUGCCUUGUUCAAGAGAAGAAGCUCAAGAAAUCCAAGCAGGUUAGGUAGUUCUAAAAGCCAUGACCCAGGGAUUGGUGACCUUCAGGGAUGUGGCCGUAGAGUUCUCUCAGGAAGAAUGGAAGUGCCUAGAACCCGCCCAGAGGGACUUGUACAGGGAUGUGACUUUGGAGAACUUCGGUAACUUGGUCUCACUAGGACUUUCCAUCUCUAAGCCCGAUGUCAUCUCCUUACUGGAGCAAGGGAAGGAACCCUGGUUGAUUGCAAACGACAUGACAGGACCAUGGUGCCCGGAUUUGGAGUCCAAGUGUGAGAAAUUUCUACAAAAAGAUAUCUUUGAAGUAGAGUCAUUCAAUUGGGAGCUAAUGGAAGACUUUAAAUGCUGUGAUUUUGAGGGCUCCAGUUUCAGAGAUAACUGGGCAUACAGAGGCCAGUUUGAAAGACAACAAGUAAAUCAUGAGUGCUGUUUCAACCAAGUGAAAAUUGCCUAUGAGAACAUGCCCACUUUUGAGCAUCAUGUGUCCCUCCCCCUACGGCACAGCAACGAGACCGGCGAGAAGCUGACAGAAUGUCAUGAAUGCGGGAAAGCCUUCAGCCGUGGCUCACACCUUACUCAACAUCAGAAAACUCACACUGGUGAAAAGCCCUUUGAAUGCAAAGACUGCGGGAAGGCCUUUAGUCGUACCUCCCACCUCGUUCAACAUCAGCGAAUUCAUACAGGUGAGAAACCUUAUGACUGUAAGGACUGUGGGAAGGCCUUUGGUCGCACUUCAGAACUCAUUCUGCAUCAGAGACUUCAUACGGGAGUCAAACCCUAUGAGUGUAAAGAAUGCGGAAAGGCCUUCAGACAGCACUCGCAACUUAUUCUGCACCGUAGAACUCAUACAGGUGAGAAACCCUAUGUAUGCAAAGACUGCGGCAAGGCUUUUAUUCGUGGUUCACAACUUACUGUUCAUCGGAGAAUUCACACAGGGGCUAGACCCUAUCAGUGUCAGGAAUGUGGGAAGGCCUUUAGACAGCAUUCACAGCUUACUGUCCAUCAGAGGAUUCAUACUGGGGAGAAACCCUAUGAAUGUAAGGAAUGUGGAAAGGGCUUUAUUCAUAGCUCAGAAGUUACUCGACAUCAGAGAAUUCAUUCUGGGGAGAAACCUUACGAAUGUAAGGAAUGCGGGAAGGCCUUCCGACAGCACGCACAGCUUACACGACAUCAGAGAGUUCACACUGGUGACAGACCCUACGAAUGUAAGGACUGUGGGAAGGCCUUUAGUCGUAGUUCAUACCUUAUUCAGCAUCAGAGAAUUCAUACAGGUGACAAGCCCUACGAAUGUAAGGAAUGUGGGAAAGCCUUUAUUCGGGUUUCACAGCUGACUCACCAUCAGCGAAUCCAUACCUGUGAGAAACCCUAUCAGUGUAGGGAAUGUGGAAUGGCCUUUAUUCGUAGUUCACAACUUACAGAACAUCAGAGAAUUCAUCCCGGUAUCAAACCUUAUGAAUGUAGAGAUUGUGGGCAGGCCUUUAUCCUUGGCUCACAGCUCAUUGAACACUACAGAAUUCAUACUGGUUAGAAAGCCUUGAUGUUCGGGGUGUGGGAAAGCCUUCAUAUGGAAUCCACGCCUGACUCAGUAUUAGAUAACGCGUAAUGUAAUGUGAUUAUUGGCAGAGAACCUUCAUUUGUCCCUUCCGUUAUGGAACAUCAGAUAACCCUGAUGAACGCAGAAGAGAAUUCAAUAAAUGUGGGAAUUUUUUUUGCCUCACACUCACUGUUUACUAAGCAUCAGAGAGUUUAUAUGGAAAAAAAAAGUAAUAUGAAUAUAGAAAAGCCUCCUGUUACUACUCAAAGUGUGUUAAACUUCUGAGAACUCCCAAUAGAAAAUGACCCUCUUAAAAUAUUUUGUGAAUGUGCCUUUUGCCAUACACCUUACUUAACAUUAUCUCACUUCCGCCAACUACUGACUGUAUAGCAUUGGGCAAAUUACGCAAUGUCUUUGUUCCUCAGUUUACUUAUUUUUAAGCAGUAAUAAUUAUACCUACCUAACAGAGUUUUCACGAGGACUGCCAGAUAUUUUAUAUAAAGCCUAUGCUCAAUAAAUACUAGUUACUGUCAAUAACAGUAUUACUUUAUACUAAUAUUUAAGUAGUAAUAAACUUAAGGCAUGUGUGUGAGAGGAGAGCCUUAUGAAUGUAUCAAAUAUCAAAAAGCCUUGUUAGGAUGAUUCAUUCUGAAGAACAGUAGUAAAGUGUCAUUAUCAUGAGAAGGUCUUCAUUUUUAAAACAUUAAAAAAAAAUUUUUAAUGUUAUAAAUUUUGAAGAUUAGAAAUUAACAAAAGAGUAGCAAAAAGAAAUCUGCCCAUUUAGAAAUCUAAAACCACC